UCAACUAUAACACACAAGCAUUUGCUAUUUAAAAUAUGAAGAGUUUGAUCUUUUUUUCUUCAAGAAUUCCCAUACAUUUAACCUAGUGGCAAGAAUUUGUCCUUCAUCUGGGAGACCCAGUCCUGGUCAGAGGUUCCCUGCCAACCCAUAACAUGCAAAAAAAAAUCAUGCCAACUCGGAUUCCAAUCACAUCACUCCCAAAUCCGAAUCCCUGAUUGGUCAAAGUUUGACCUGGUAACACCGGAAUCUCACAUUUAGUAGCAGCAUGUUUUGUACGUGGAGCUAGAAAACUGUUGUAGAAACUUGUGUAGCUACGCCUGAACUUAAGAGGAAUGUGGAAGCCUGAAACGUGCAUUCAUGCACUGUAACUGCUGUUGCAGUUUCAUUCAGAUAACUCUGGUAGCAGGAACUGUCUUGACGCGUGCGUCAGAAAAAAGGGUCGUUGUUCUUCCUUUUUUUAUGCAAUUUAUUUUUCAUGCAAUUUAUUUUCUUUAAAAUCACAAAGUACAAAAUAAAAUCAUAAGAAAAUAUCUUUUAAAGCAAAUAAAUGUACUAAACACAACAAUAACACAAUAACACGGUCUAUGAUUAAUGUGCUGCAGUGCUCCUCAAGUUUUAAAUCUUUGACAAGUACAACCAACGUCAACAGACAUAACUUUAACUCUUCGUCUGAAGAGUGAUGGAGGACAGGAAGAUAAAUUAGCUGCUCUCCAAUGACGGUGGACUCCUGGUAGCAACAUAACAAAAUGGAGAAAGGUCCAUAAAGACUGGAGACUGAACAAUGCUGGAGAAGCAUAUGAAACAGAGAAACAUCACUACACAAUAAAGCUUAGUGGCAAAUGGAGUCUAGAGUAGAAUUCAAGGAACAAGAUCCUGCAACCAUUAUAGUAUUAGACAUCCAAGAAGAACUGGGAAGAACUGAAGAGCCUAACAUGAUCCACAUCUCCUGGCUAUGGAAACGGACUAACACCUGGUAGCAUAUAUGAGUGACUGACUGGAGAUAAUCAGUUUUAGGAGAUAUCAGGAGUAUAACAUCAUUGUUGUUGAACUGACUGUUUAAUUAUUCGAAAUGUAAAAUCUCAAACUAUAAAAAUAAAAAAGUCAGUUCCUGUUUCCACCAAUCUGCUGAGUUUAUCUUUUGACCAGCAGAUGGAAGCACAGCACAGAAGGAAUUGACUCCUGACUCCAGUUUAAUUCAUUUUAUGUAAUUUUUUUGUAAACUGACCACAAAUAUUUGAAAACUAAGUUUCCCUAUGACAAAAUACUUUACUGUCCUCAAAUUAUAGACAUAUAGAUAUGAAUUUAACUCAUGGUGGACAUAGGUGUCAUCAUUGGUCACUCAGCUCAGCCCCCCCUCUACACACGGGCUGGUUUCCUGAGACAGGCAGCUCUUUUUGUUUUGGACCACAGAGCAUCAACAGGUCAGAUGAAGUCUGUCUGUGGGAGUUUGGUCAGGAGAGAUCUGGACACUUUGAUCUGGUAGAACCUGUAUAGUUUACUCUGGAUAACAGCAAAAGUGAGAGCAGUAUUUUCACGUCUGCUGCGAGAAAUUCUACUUUUGCAUGGCCGGGUUACUCGUCCCACCUUACGGUGUGAUGGAAAGCACCUGCGGCUCAGACAGAUUGCCUGAUAAGGAAAACAUUAGCAACAAUGCCUUUGUUCCGCUUUCCAAACACCCAAACAAAAAGUCUCUCAUCGAGAGUCCAGCCAAACCUCACCCUAAAUGCACGUCUCAGACGCCCUCCGAGAAGAUCCUACACGCUGGGAAGGUUCUUCGGAACGCCAUUCUCUCCAAGGCGCCUCACAUGAUCCGAGACAGGAAGUUCCACCUGAAGACAUACAGGCAGUGCUGUGUGGGGACUGAGUUGGUGGACUGGCAGAUGCAGCAAAGCUCAUGCGUCCACUCGCGUCUUCAGGCUGUGGGCAUGUGGCAGGUGUUGCUGGAGGAAGGUGUCCUCAACCAUGUGGAGCAGGAGAUGAGCUUCCAGGACAAGUAUCUUUUCUACCGUUUCCUUGACGAUGAGAGGGAAGAUGCUCCUGUACCCAGCGAAGAGGAGAAGAGGGAGAGCCAGGAGGAGCUGCAGGAGACUCUGCUCUUCCUGUCUCAGAUCGGACCUGACGCUCACCUCCGGAUGAUUCUGAGGAAACCACCACCUGAAAGAGCAGCAGAUGACAUGGAGAUCAUUUAUGAGGAGCUGCUCAACAUCAAGGCCUUAACUCAUCUGUCUACCACUGUAAAGAGGGAGCUGGCUGGAGUUCUUAUCUUCGAGUCCCACGCAAAGGCAGGAACUGUGUUGUUCAACCAAGGAGAUGAGGGUACAUCAUGGUACAUUAUCUUAAAGGGUUCCGUCAACGUUGUCAUCUAUGGGAAAGGUGUUGUCUGCACGCUGCAUGAAGGAGAUGACUUUGGGAAGCUGGCCCUCGUGAAUGAUGCCCCCCGCGCCGCCUCCAUUGUCCUGCGAGAGGACAACUGUCAUUUCCUGAGAGUGGACAAGGAGGACUUUAACAGGAUUUUAAGGGACGUGGAGGCCAACACUGUGCGUCUGGAGGAGCACGGUCAGGAUGUUCUGGUUCUGGAAAAGACUCUGGGCAGCGCUCGAAACUCCGCCGACGGAUCAUCUGCAGUACAUUACAAAUACAGGGUGAUGUCCGGGACGCCCGAGAAGAUUUUGGAGCAUCUUCUCAAAAUGAUGCGCUUGGAUUCGCAGUUCACCGAGUCAGACUCAGCUUUAGAUGACUUUGUGCUAAUGCACUGUGUCUUCAUACCGAACAGCCAGUUGUGUUCAUUGUUGAGAGCCCACUACCAUGCCCAGGCCUCCCAGGGCUCGGAGCAGGAGAAGCUGGACUACGCGCUGAACAACAAACGCAGAGUCAUCUGCAUGAUCAUGAAGUGGGCUGCUGUUCAUGAUGAUCAGUUGCAACAAGAGGACGUGGCCUUCCUUCAGGAAUUUCUCAUCUCUGUGUCUAAUGAUGCUACGUGGCUUCCAGCCCUUGGGGAUCAGCUGACAGAGCUGGAAGGAGUUGUAAAGCGCUGUGCUGAAGCUGCCAUGACUUCCCAGAAAAAGCACAAAGUCUUCCUGCGGCAGUUCAGUUUGGGGGAAGAGAAGCCUCAAAAACGCCAACCUAUAAGAGCCACUGAUGAGAUUCUGUUCAAAGUCUACUGCUGUGACCACACGUACACUACCAUCCGAGUCCCUGUGGCCGCUUCGGUCCAAGAGGUGAUCAGUGCUGUUGCUGACAAGCUGGGGUCAGCGGAGGAACUGAACCUCGUCCACCUGAGCUCAGCCGGAGAGAAAACCAUCUUCAAGCCAAACGACGUGUCGGUCUUCUCCACGCUCAGUAUAAACGGACGUCUCUUUGCCUGUCGGAGGGACCAGCUCGAUUCACUGACUCCUUUAUCUGAGCAGGAGGGCCCUUCCUCCGGGUCACUGGCCAGCUUUGAGCUGAUGAGCUCCAAGGAUGUGGCUUACCACUUGACCUCAUACGAUUGGGAGCUUUUCCACUGUGUACAUGAGCUUGAGCUCAUCUACCACACGUUUGGAAGGCAACACAUCAAUAAGACCAGCGUGAAUCUGGACUUAUUCCUGAGGAGGUUUAAUGAAAUCCAGUUCUGGGUGAUAACGGAGAUCUGUCUGUGUUCUCAAAUCAGCAAGAGAGUGCAGCUCCUGAAAAAGUUCAUCAAGACUGCUGCUCACUGUAAAGAUUACAAGAAUUUAAAUGCCUUCUUUGCCAUCAUCAUGGGACUGAGUAACCCAGCAGUGAGCAGACUGAGUCAGACCUGGGAGAAACUUCCCAGUAAAUUCAAAAAGUGUUAUGGAGAAUUUGAAAACUUGAUGGAUCCUUCGAGGAACCACCGCUCAUAUCGCCUGAUUUUCUCAAAGCUGGAGCCUCCCGUCAUUCCCUUCAUGCCUCUGCUCAUCAAAGACAUGACAUUCACCCACGAGGGCAAUAAAACAUUUAUUGACAAUUUGGUCAAUUUUGAGAAAAUGCGGAUGAUAGCCAAGACGGUGAAGAUUGUGAGAUACUGCAGGAGUCAAACAUUCAGUGAAGAUGCACCACUGCCCAGCAAGCACCACCCAGACGUUUGGACCUACGUUCGCCAGUUCAAUGUGAUUGACAACCAAAGGAUAUUAACUCAGCUGUCUCAUGGACUUGAGCCCCGCAGGUCUUGAAACCACUCAGGGACAGAAAUAUUACCCUCUAAUGCUGCUUCACAACAUGACGUGUGCUCAGAUUAUUAUGAAUUUACUCCAAUGCAGGCAAUCACAUGGAGGACCUAAUGAGGCACCAGAUAAUGACAUAUUGUUUCAAAAGCUGUUGGCUGACUAUUUAAGUCUUUUAUUACUGUAAUUUGGAAUUUUUCAACAACAGUAAUUGUUGCAGGAUGAAGUACCUCUCAUAUUGGGGCAACACAGAUAUCAUCUCAAACUCA